AAAUAGAAACCCUAAAAGCCAGUUAUUCUUUUCAGAGCAUCAGACAAAUUGAUCCAUGGAUCAAGAUUCUCAAGAUCACAGCAAGCUCCCUGAGCUCAAACUAGAUGCUAAGCAAGCUCAGGGGUUUCUCUCCUUCUUUAAAACCCUACCCCGGGACCCUCGAGCUGUUCGGUUCUUUGAUCGCCGGGACUACUAUACUGCUCAUGGUGAGAAUGCGACUUUCAUUGCAAAGACAUAUUACCACACUACCACCGCUUUGCGACAACUGGGUAGUGGAUCUGAUGGCAUUUCUAGUGUGAGUGUGAGCAAAAACAUGUUUGAAACGAUUGCUCGUAAUCUUUUAUUGGAGAGAACAGAUCACACUCUCGAACUCUAUGAGGGUAGUGGCUCAAACUGGAGACUGGUGAAAAGCGGGACCCCUGGAAAUCUUGGAAGUUUUGAAGAUGUUUUGUUUGCCAAUAAUGAGAUGCAGGAUUCUCCUGUGAUUGUUGCACUUUUUCCAAACUUCCGUGAAAAUGGAUGCACUGUCGGGUUGGGCUUUGUUGAUUUAACUAGGAGAGUCCUCGGAUUGGCUGAAUUUCUUGACGAUAGUCAAUUUACAAAUGUGGAGUCAGCUUUGGUUGCCCUUGGUUGCAGGGAGUGCCUUCUGCCUUCAGAGAGUGCCAAAUCCAGUGAAACUAGAACAUUGCAUGAUGCAUUGUCAAGAUGUGGUGUGAUGUUAACUGAAAGAAAGAGAACUGAGUUCAAGGCAAGGGAUUUGGUGCAGGAUCUUGGUAGGCUUGUCAAGGGUUCGAUUGAACCAGUUCGUGAUUUAGUUUCAGGUUUUGAACUUGCACCUGGAGCUUUGGGGUUAUUACUGUCUUAUGCAGAAUUACUUGCAGAUGAGAGCAAUUAUGGAAAUUUUACCAUCCAGAGAUACAAUCUUGACAGCUACAUGAGAUUGGAUUCUGCUGCCGUAAGGGCAUUGAAUGUCCUGGAGAGCAAAACGGAUGCAAACAAAAAUUUUAGUCUAUUUGGUCUCAUGAAUAGAACCUGUACUGCUGGGAUGGGAAAGAGAUUACUGCACAUGUGGUUGAAACAGCCUUUAGUAGAUGUAAAUGAAAUUAACUGCAGGCAGGAUUUGGUGCAAGCAUUUGUGGAAGAUACUGCACUCCGCCAAGAUCUGAGACAACAUUUAAAAAGAAUAUCAGAUAUUGAGCGAUUGUUGCGGACUCUUGAGAAGGGGAGAGCUAGUCUGCAGCAUGUUGUAAAACUUUAUCAGUCAAGUAUUAGACUUCCAUACAUUAAAAGUGCCUUGGGACAGUAUGAUGGACAAUUUUCAUCACUAAUCAAAGAGAAGUAUUUGGAUCCCCUUGAGUCCUGGACAGAUGAUGAUCAUUUAAAUAGGUUCAUUGGUCUUGUGGAAGCUGCUGUUGACCUUAAUGAACUGGAGAAUGGGGAAUACAUGAUCUCAUCUGGUUAUGAUGCAAAACUAGCUUCCCUGAAAAAUGAUCAAGAGACACUGGAGCUCCAAAUACACAAUCUACAUAAACAAACUGCUAUUGAUCUUGAUCUGCCUAUGGAUAAGUCUUUAAAGUUAGAGAAGGGCACACAAUUUGGCCAUGUGUUUAGAAUUACAAAGAAGGAAGAGCCAAAAAUUCGGAAAAAGCUCACUGCCCAAUUUAUUGUCCUUGAAACCCGGAAAGAUGGGGUAAAAUUUACAAACACAAAGCUUAAAAAAUUAGGGGAUCAAUACCAAAAGAUACUUGACGAGUAUAAGGAUUGUCAAAGAGAGCUGGUUGUCCGAGUAGUUCAGACUGCAGCAACUUUCUCUGAGGUUUUCGAGAAUUUAGCUCGCUUGCUUUCUGAACUUGAUGUCUUACUUAGUUUUGCCGAUUUGGCAACUAGUUCUCCUACUGCCUACACAAGACCUGAAAUCUCUCCAUCACACAUGGGAGAUAUCAUAUUAGAAGGAAGUAGACACCCUUGUGUGGAGGCUCAAGACUGGGUGAAUUUUAUACCAAAUGAUUGUAAGCUUGUCAGGGAAAAGAGUUGGUUCCAAAUCAUCACAGGGCCUAACAUGGGUGGAAAAUCUACAUUCAUUAGACAGGUUGGUGUGAACAUCUUGAUGGCACAAGUUGGCUCAUUUGUUCCUUGUGACAAAGCCAAUAUUUCUGUUCGAGAUUGUAUUUUUGCUCGUGUGGGUGCUGGUGACUGCCAACUACGUGGCGUUUCUACCUUUAUGCAAGAAAUGCUUGAAACUGCAUCAAUAUUGAAAGGUGCUACUGAUAAGUCAUUGAUAAUCAUUGAUGAAUUGGGCCGUGGAACAUCUACAUAUGAUGGAUUUGGUUUAGCUUGGGCUAUAUGCGAGCACAUUGUUGAAGUGAUUAAAGCACCUACUUUGUUUGCCACUCACUUUCAUGAACUAACUGCAUUAGCUCAUGAAAAUACUGAUCAUCAGCCUCCUGAAAAGCAAAUUGUUGGUGUGGCCAAUUACCAUGUUAGUGCACACAUUGACUCAUCAAGUCGCAAGUUGACUAUGCUUUACAAGGUUGAGCCAGGGGCUUGUGACCAAAGUUUUGGUAUACAUGUUGCAGAAUUUGCAAACUUUCCUGAAAGUGUUGUCAGUCUUGCGAGAGAAAAGGCUGCUGAGUUGGAAGAUUUCUCACCUACUGAAAUCGUUUCAAAUGAUGCUAGUGACAAGGGCUUAAAGGUGGGAUCCAAACGAAAGAGAGAGAGUAGUCCUGAUGACAUUUCUAGAGGUGCUGCCCGGGCUCACCAGUUCUUGAAAGAGUUCUCUGAUUUGCCAUUAGAGAAAAUGGACUUGAAGGAGGCUCUGCAACAAGUGAGCAAGUUGAAGAAUGACUUGGAGAAGGAUGCAGUGAACUGUCACUGGCUCCAGCAAUUCUUCUAGUUGUCCUUGAUUGGAGGUAACUUCAUCGACGUUCUUUUUUGUGUGGAUAUUGAUACAGCUCAUCACUAUAAAGUUGUUCACAUGGAUACUUGUGAAGUUGGUAUCCAAUGGAGCCAACCCUCUGUUGAAGGCACCUUCCUCCCCAACUCCCAGUUUUGUUGUCUAUCAGGAAGUUUCAAAUGGGACAAGCUGCAGUCAUCCAUUCUAGCCAGCAUUGACCCUUAUUUCAUUUUGGGCAGGGGGUGGUGUGGGACCUUGGUUGGUUCCCUUGGUUUGUAGUAUAUAGCCUUGAACAGAGAACCCAUCAAUGAACAUAAAAUUCCUUUUGUCCAUUAUUCAUUCCUUGGGGCAAAAAGAAGCUUGUUGGAAAAUGCAAACAUGUGCUUUUCUUGUAGGGUACCUUAGGCCUACCUUGGAAAUAACUUUAUAUUUUGGAGCAAGCAUUAGAGAGAUGCCAUUUUCUUUA